AUGUCUCAACAAGUCGGCGGCAAAUCUGGCGGUAAAUCUGGCGGCAAGGCAGGCGCAAUCGACGGAGGUCGCUCCCGUUCCUCAAAGGCCGGUCUCCAAUUCCCAGUCGGACGUAUCCACAGACACUUGAAGAAUGGCAACUACGCCCAACGUAUCGGUGCUGGUGCCCCUGUCUACUUGGCUGCUGUGUUGGAAUACCUCGCUGCAGAAAUCCUCGAGUUGGCUGGUAACGCUGCACGCGACAACAAGAAAUCGCGUAUCAUCCCUCGUCACUUGCAAUUGGCCAUCAGAAACGACGAUGAGCUCAACAAGCUCCUUGGCCAUGUAACCAUCUCACAAGGCGGUGUUAUUCCAAACAUCCACACGGAACUCCUCCCAUCCAAGACCAAGAAGGGCGAGGGCAUCGACUCGCAAGACCUUUAA